CUCGCGCCGGCGUCAUUUGAGAAAAUCUAGCUGCGAAACGAUACAAGUGCUGUUCGGUGUGAAUUAUUAACACGUGCUGUAAAAAACCGCGUUGCUGAUAGAAAAAUCGAUCGAAACUUUGUUCGUUGUUUUACCAAUCGCACAUCACUUCAGUUUGGAAUUUGAAAACUAAAAUCCAAAAUGCCGGAAGAAAUGGAGACCCAGCCCGCCGAGGUGGAGACCUUCGCCUUCCAGGCGGAGAUCGCCCAGCUUAUGUCGCUUAUCAUCAACACCUUCUACUCCAACAAAGAGAUCUUCCUACGUGAGUUAAUUUCCAACUCCUCCGAUGCUCUUGACAAGAUCCGCUAUGAAUCUCUGACGGACCCGUCGAAGCUCGACAGCGGUAAGGAAUUGUACAUCAAAAUCAUUCCUAACAAGAGUGAGGGAACUUUGACCAUUAUUGAUACCGGAAUCGGCAUGACCAAGGCUGAUUUAGUGAACAAUUUGGGUACCAUCGCGAAGUCUGGCACAAAGGCUUUCAUGGAAGCGUUGCAAGCCGGGGCUGAUAUCAGCAUGAUCGGUCAAUUUGGUGUGGGUUUCUACUCGUGCUACUUGGUGGCCGACCGUGUCACAGUACAUUCCAAGCACAAUGAUGACGACCAGUACAUGUGGGAGUCUGCAGCGGGGGGCUCGUUCACCAUACGCCCCGACCCCGGCGAACCUCUGGGACGUGGUACCAAGAUCGUGCUGCACGUCAAGGAAGACUUGGCUGAGUUCAUGGAGGAACAAAAGGUGAAGGAAAUCGUCAAGAAACAUUCCCAGUUCAUCGGGUAUCCUAUCAAAUUGGUAGUCGAGAAGGAACGUGAAAAGGAGCUGUCCGACGACGAAGCUGAAGAGGAAAAGAAGGAAGACGAGAAAGAGGAUGAUAAACCAAAGAUCGAGGAUGUCGGUGAAGAUGACGAGGAAGACAGCAAGGACAAGAAAAAGAAGAAGAAGACCAUCAAAGAAAAGUACACUGAAGAUGAGGAGUUGAACAAGACAAAGCCAAUCUGGACUCGCAAUGCUGAUGAUAUCACCCAGGAAGAGUAUGGUGACUUCUACAAAUCCCUUACAAACGACUGGGAAGACCAUCUUGCAGUCAAACACUUCAGUGUUGAAGGUCAGUUAGAAUUCCGUGCUUUACUCUUUGUUCCACGUCGUGCACCUUUCGACCUAUUUGAAAACAAAAAACGUAAGAACAACAUCAAACUUUACGUCCGACGAGUUUUCAUUAUGGACAACUGUGAGGACCUCAUUCCUGAAUACCUUAACUUCAUCAAGGGUGUAGUAGACAGUGAAGAUUUACCUCUCAACAUCUCCCGUGAAAUGCUCCAACAAAACAAGAUCUUGAAAGUAAUUAGGAAGAACUUAGUAAAGAAAUGCAUGGAACUUUUCGAGGAAUUGGCUGAAGACAAAGAGAACUACAAGAAGUAUUAUGAACAGUUCAGCAAGAAUCUGAAGCUUGGCAUCCACGAGGACUCCCAAAAUAGGUCAAAACUUGCUGACUUGCUCCGUUAUCACACAUCUGCGUCCGGAGACGAGGUGUGCUCUCUCAAAGAGUAUGUUUCACGCAUGAAGGAAAACCAGAAACACAUCUACUAUAUCACUGGUGAGAACCGUGACCAGGUAGCAAACUCAUCCUUUGUAGAGCGAGUUAAGAAACGCGGCUUUGAGGUUGUCUACAUGACUGAACCAAUUGAUGAAUAUGUUGUACAACAAAUGAAGGAGUAUGAUGGCAAAUCAUUGGUCUCUGUCACUAAAGAAGGCUUAGAACUGCCAGAGGAUGAGGAAGAGAAGAAGAAACGUGAAGAGGACAAAGUUAAGUUUGAAGGACUCUGCAAGGUCAUGAAGAACAUCUUGGACAACAAAGUUGAAAAGGUUGUAGUAUCCAACAGGCUUGUUGAGUCCCCAUGCUGCAUUGUUACUGCUCAGUAUGGCUGGUCAGCCAAUAUGGAGCGUAUCAUGAAAGCACAAGCUCUGAGAGACACAUCCACCAUGGGUUACAUGGCCGCUAAGAAGCAUCUCGAAAUCAAUCCCGAUCAUUCUAUUGUUGAAACACUCCGGCAAAAGGCUGAUGCGGAUAAGAAUGACAAAGCUGUCAAGGAUCUAGUCAUUUUACUGUAUGAGACUGCUUUACUCUCAUCGGGCUUCACUCUUGAUGAACCUCAAGUACAUGCUUCCAGAAUCUACCGCAUGAUCAAACUUGGUCUUGGUAUUGAUGAAGAUGAGCCUGUACAAGCUGAAGUUGAAUCCAGCACUGGUGACGUACCGCCUUUGGAGGGUGAUGCUGACGAUGCAUCCCGUAUGGAAGAAGUAGAUUAAGCCCCGCCUACAUCCUGUAGCCAUGUUGUAAUGGUAUUUUAUGUGAUGUCUUCAUUUUUUUUUGUGCACUGGUGUACAGCCAAAGACUGAUUUAGUUCAAAUUCCAUUUCAAUUUAAUUAACGUGAAUAAAUAAUUACAUGUAAUGUAAUAAUUUAA